GUAUAAUCGUUCCCAGGUGUCUGAUAACAAAACGAGCUGCGAUGGCGUCGAUCUUGCUCGCUUCGAUUCUUCUCCUUUCGUUUAGCUGUCUCUCCCACGCAACGGACCGACCGGAUUAUAUUCACUGUCAGAAUAAUUUGGAAUGCGGACCCGGAUACUGUUGCUCCAUAGGAGCAAACAGGUACAGUACCCCUCAGUGCAGACCUAUGCAUGCUGUGGGAGAAGUGUGCAGACCAGGCAUCCCUUCCACCAUCAACAUGACUGCGUCGUAUCCUGACGGUGUCCAGGUGCAGUUGACCAACGUUCAUUAUAUCCUUUGUCCCUGCGCCGACGGAUUGUUCUGCAACCUAGGUGUCUGCGAGGAGACAGCCGAGAAACGCGACUCGAAUCUUUUAAUCGACGAACACCGUAAUCAAGAAGAUUAAUCCAUCCAUUAGACGUGUCUCUGCAACGGCUCUCUACGGUGCAAUUCGAGUGGCAUUGUACAGGGCAAAUGCGAAAAGCGGCUAAAUAACGGGGGAUUUUAUUUUAAAUGAUUCAAACAAGAUGACCUAAAUAAAACAUGAUCUGGGAACCAAAGCGUUAAGUAUUUUUAAGUUAGAUGUAACGGAUACGAGUUGACGCGUUAACGUAUAUUAAACAUAGCACAGUCGAUCGAGUAUCGUAAGUAAGUUUACUUUGAUGCAAUGUACUUCUAGUGUGUAAAACCGUUAAAUAAAAAAUAACGCACUGCAAUAAAUGCUA